GAGCGCUGGUUGUUGUGGAGCCGCAUGCCGAGGCCCCCCCCCCCCCCCCCCCCCCUCUCCGUUUCCACUGUCAACAGGGAGGAAGGUACGGGGGGCUACAUUGUCGCCUCGCGCCCGGCUUCACCAACUCACUGUUUUAAAAAGUUUCGCUUCGGCGUCGCCUCGGAACCGACUUUGAACUCGAACCGGUCCAAAGAACAUCCCGCAGUGCCAAAAGUGCCGAGGAUGACGCAGACAAAGAAAUCCAGAACCGCACCGGCGUCUGAGUCCUCGGGCUCGGUCCAAGGUGGACCCCCAGCAGAGGCUGCAGACCCGGUGGAGUGCCAGGAAGCAGCAGCAGCAGCAGCAGCAGCAGGAGGAGGAGAGAACAAUGUUGGAGACCAAGAGAUCAUCAAGUCCCCCAGUGACCCCAAACAGUACAGGUACGUGGUGCUGGACAACGGCCUGCGAGCUCUGCUCAUCUCGGACUACAGCGGUCCAGCUGAGGACGAGGAGGAGGACGACGGAGAGGAGGAGGAAGAGGAAGAGGAGGACGACGAUGAAUCUGGAGAUGAAACUGAGGAGGAGUCCGAGGAAGAGGACGACGAUGACUACGGGAGGGGCAGCGAUGAUGAUGAUGAAGACGACGACGACGAGGGGAAAAAGAAGAAAAAUGCAGAGAAACAGUCUGCAGCAGCGCUGUGUGUCGGCGUAGGCAGCUUCAGCGACCCAAGUGACCUCCCCGGGCUCGCUCACUUUCUGGAGCACAUGGUGUUCAUGGGCAGCGAGAAGUACCCCUCAGAAAACGGCUUUGAUGCGUUCCUCAAGAAGCACGGCGGCAGCGACAACGCCUCCACCGACUGCGAGAGGACCGUCUUCCAGUUUGACGUCCAGAGGAAGAGCUUCAAAGAGGCUCUCGACAGGUGGGCUCAGUUCUUCAUCUGCCCCCUGAUGAUCCGUGACGCCAUCGAUCGGGAGGUGGAGGCCGUCGACAGCGAGUACCAGCUGGCGAAGCCGUCGGACUCCCACAGGAAGGAGAUGCUGUUCGGCGGUUUGGCCAAACCCGGACACCCUAUGGGCAAGUUCUGCUGGGGGAACGCCCAGACGCUGAAGCACGAGCCGAAGAAGAAGAAGAUCAACGUGUACAAGCGACUGCGGGCCUUCUGGAAGAAGCAUUACUCGGCCCACUACAUGACGCUGGCCGUGCAGUCCAAAGAGAAGCUGGACACUCUGGAGAAGUGGGUGAGGGAGAUCUUCAGCAAGGUGCCGAACAACGAUCGGGCCAAGCCAGAUUUUUCUGAUCUGCUGGAUCCCUUCGACACGCCGGCCUUCAACCGGCUCUACAGAGUCGUCCCCGUGAGAAAAGUUCACGCUUUGAAUAUCACCUGGGCCCUCCCCCCCCAGGAGAAACACUACAGAGUGAAGCCUCUCCACUACAUCUCCUGGCUGAUUGGCCAUGAAGGCACAGGAAGCAUCCUCUCAGUGCUCAGAAAGAAGUGCUGGGCCCUGGCUCUGUUCGGAGGGAACAGUGAAACCGGCUUCGACCAGAACACCACCUACUCCAUCUUCUCCAUCUCCAUCACGCUCACGGACGUGGGCUUCCAAAACUUCUACGAGGUGACUCACCUGGUGUUCCAGUACCUGAAGAUGCUGCAGACACUCGGACCGCAGCAAAGAGUAUACGAGGAGAUUCAGAAGAUUGAAGCGAAUGAGUUUCACUAUCAGGAGCAGAUCGACCCUUUAGAGUACGUGGAGGACCUCUGUGAGAACAUGCAGCUGUUCCCCAAAGAAGACCUCCUCACGGGGGAUCAGCUGAUGUUUGAGUUCGACCCAGAAGUGAUCAGUGGAGCUCUGUCCCUCCUCACCCCUGAGAGAGCCAACCUGAUGCUGUUGUCACCAGAACACGAAGGCCAGUGUCCCCUCAGGGAGAAGUGGUUCGGCACACAAUACAGCGUUGAGGACGUCCAGCAGCAGUGGAUGGAGCAGUGGACGGGGAACCUGCAGCUCAACGACGACCUCUCGCUCCCGGCUGAAAACAAGUUCAUCGCCACUGACUUCAGCCUUAAGCCGUCCGACUGCCCCGACACCGAGUUUCCUCUCCGGAUCGCCGACAGCGACACGGGCUGCCUGUGGUACAAGAAGGACAACACGUUCAAGAUCCCUAAAGCCUACAUCCGAUUCCACUUGAUCUCUCCUUUAAUCCAGAAAUCUGCUAAGAAUGUGGUCCUGUUUGACCUGAUGGUCAACAUCCUGGGCCACAACCUGGCCGGGCCGGCUUACGAGGCCGAGGUGGCCCAGCUGGAGUACAAACUGGGGGCCGGCGAGCACGGCCUGGUCAUCAAGGUCAAAGGGUUCAACCACAAGCUGCCCCUGAUGUUCCACCUGAUCAUCGACCACCUGGCUGAUUUCUCCGCCUCCCCCGACGUCUUCAGCAUGUUCACGGAGCAGCUCAAGAAAACCUACUUCAACAUCCUCAUCAGACCCGAGAAGCUCGGCAAAGAUGUGCGUCUCCUGAUCCUGGAGCACUCUCGCUGGUCCAUGGUGGAGAAGUACGCGGCUCUGACAGCCGGUCUGACCAGCGCCGAGUUGAUGGACUUCAGCCGAGGUUUCCGGGCCGAGCUGUACGCCGAGGGUCUGGUCCAGGGCAACGUCAGCGGCGCCGAGUCGCAGCAGUUCCUGCAUUACGUCACGGAAAAGCUGCAGUUCUCCAAGCUGCCAGUAGAGGUGCCGGUGAUGUUCAGAGUGGUGGAGCUUCCUCUGAAGCGCCACAUCCUUAAGGUCAAAUCACUCAAUAAGGGAGACGCCAACUCUGAGGUCACUGUCUACUACCAGUCUGGCCCGAAGCUCUUGAGGGAACACACACUGAUGGAGCUGUUGGUGAUGCACAUGGAGGAGCCCUGCUUUGACUUCCUCCGGACCAAAGAGACUCUUGGGUACCACGUCUACCCCACCUGCAGAAACACCUCCGGGGUUCUGGGUUUCUCCGUCACCGUGGAAACGCAGGCCACAAAGUUCAACACCGAGUUCGUGGAGCUGAAGAUCGAAGAGUUUCUGGCUUCAUUCGGGGAGACGCUCGAUUCCCUUUCUGAGGAGGCCUUCAGCACCCAGGUGACCGCUUUAGUGAAGCUUAAGGAGUGUGAGGACACACACCUCGGGGAGGAGGUGGACAGGAACUGGGCCGAGGUGGUUACACAGCAGUUUGUGUUCGACAGGCUGAACAGAGAAAUCGAGGCCCUGAAGCAGAUGACCCGGGCGGAGCUGGUCUCCUGGUUCAAGGAGCAUCAUCGAGGGCGGAGCAGCCGCAAGCUCAGCGUGCACGUGGUGGGCUUUGGCCCUGAAGAGCAGGAUAAGGAGCAGACGGAGGAGGAGAAGAAGAAGAAGAAGAAGGAGGAGGAGGAGGAGGAGGAGGAGGUGGGCGGCGGCGAGAGAGGAGGAGGAGCGGCGUGCCGAGGGGAGGACCCGAGCAGCUCCUCCUCCUACGGCGAGGUGUCCAAGCUCACCUUCCUGCCCGCCUCGCCCAAGAUGGCGGACGCCGUCGCCAUCAUGGACAUCGCCGCUUUCAUCCAAGGCCUGCCCCUCUUCCCCUACCACAAGAUACUGGAAUGAACACACACACACACACACACACACACACACACACACACACACACACACACACACACACACACACAGAGGGCUGCUAAAGACGUGGAGGUGAAGGAAGGUCGAAGUGACUGCGGCUCCUCUCUGGAUUCUGGAUUCUGCCUGAAAGGCCCGGAAGUGACGAUGGCGGUUUCCUUUUUCUUUUUUUUCUUUUUUAAGCUUAAGUGAUGAACUCUUAUUGUUUUUAAUCUCCUCAAACAGCUCUCGUCUCUCAUCUCACACCGACUGAAAAAAAAAAAAAGAAGAUCUUUUGGAAUCUAAUUUUGUGGAGACGCACAACUUUGUGUUUAAUACAGUUUUUAAAAAGAAAAAAAAAA